UCUCCUCGCGCUCUCAAUAUUGAGUUCUUAAAAAAUACACGUUCUCGCGCUCUCGUUCCUGCACCCGCUUCCGCUCUCGCUCCACGAACUGGUUACCUAAGACCAACCACACUAUUAACCCCGCAAUUUCAAUUGGAGACCCCAAAAGAAACUAAUCUAACAGAUUAAGGACCGAAUAGCUACCAUCCUCAACUUCAGGGACUGAAUCGGAACUAUUCCCAUGUUCCCUGUCCCCUGACCUGUUCAAAUCUAAAUAAGCCCAUAAUUUAUUAAUUUUCCCGGACUUAAAUCUAAUGGCCCGAAAUUCAAAUUUCCAGUAAACCCCACUCUGCCACUUUCCCCCAAAAUCCCAAACCAACGGCACACACAGACAAAGUUCUUCUUCCUUCCCACAUCCGUCAUCCCAAAAAAGUUACAAUCUUUCGCUGUGAUUCUCGCACGAAUGAAGCAGCCAGUGUUGUCGUCAACUUCCUGGAGCCGAAUCCACCGGCGGGAAGGAAACUCCAAUACCUCCAACUCGUCGACGAAGAAGAAGAAAGAAGGAAGAGAAGAACAGGGGAACAGCAGUGGCAGUAAUAAUAGAAACCCAUUUCAAGAUCUCAGCAAUGGCGGCAGCUUCACUGAUGUCAAUAGCAGCAUUGUGACAGUUGGUUCUUCUUCUUCUUCGGUUUCCUCCAUCGAAGCUCCUAAAGGCUGUCUCAGGUUCUUUCUCAAUCACUCUGCUGUUUCCACUUCAAAACCCCAGGUCGGAAAUAGAAACAACGGUAAUCAUCACAGACCGGUGAAAGUCAAAUCAAUGCACUGCAAAACCCCUAAAUCGGCGCCUAUCUCGCGACCCAGUAGGGGGGAUCGGGAGAAAGUUAAGGGGAUCCCUUCUGCAUGCUUGUACAAGCGGCAAUCCGGGAAGAACCCUAAACCUAUUCCUGGGGUUUCGAGGUUGGAUACUGUGAGGAAUCCUGUGAGCAAGUUGGAAAAUUCUGGAUCUGGAGAUAAAGGUUGUAUUGUGGAGGAAUCAAAUUCGACUCCUUUGAGACUGAUUGUAGCUGGGUCUGGUUUGGAUGUUACAGUGGAUAGGUGUAAGAAAGGCAGUAGCUUGAAUUCGAACUCAGAGAGCAGCAACACAAAAACGCCUCCACUUCAUGCCUCGAUAUCCCCGGAGAUACAACAACAAUGUCAAUCGUCAGCGCUUUCAACUGCUGCCACCAAAGUUGCUACUACUGCUACACCAGUUUGUUAUGGUGCUGGGCAUCUUCUUUCUGGGGUUACUGACAAGAGAAAAUGUAGGCCUAGGGGUUUACUUGUUGUAGGGGAAGCUAAAUCUGUUGAUAAGUUUGACAUCAACGAUGAUCAUGAAGCUGAUGAUGCUAUAAUAGAUGGUAAUGGGAUCAAUCUUUCACCGUCGAAUUUGCCUAUCAAGGCUUCAAUGCAUUGGCUUUUGUCGCCGGUUGAGAAGGACAAUGAGUGUAGUUCUGGAAAUGGCGGAGCACAGGAUCUGUCAAAAGAGCACACAGAGAGGAGAAUGAAACGUGCUUCUGUGACAUCAUCUGAUAUGGAAACUUCUCCUCUAGAAGAGAAAAUCGCUGGCUGUGGUGGAGAAGAUGGGUCUCGAUUCUCCAUGGACUUGUUGUGCAGUGUCAAUUUAUUACAAACCCCAGAAUCUGACUCUGGAGAGAAAGGCAAGAAAUACAAUCAGGGCUGGGGCUUCGAAUUGGAUUCAGUCGAUCAACAUUGGCCAGCUAGUUCAUCGUUCCAGUUUAAUUUGCCAACUACAGCUUCCAAUUCUGUUGUUGAUCUUUCACAGUUUCAGAACCCUCUUGACAUCAAGGAAUCCCGGCUUUCCAUUUCCACUUUCGACGAUAUGACGCAUUCUGAAGUCAGAAUCUCGUGGAGAGACGGGUUAGUGAGUAGGAUCUUUGAGAUGGAUGAGCUGGAUUGCUGUUGCAAGUGUUUAUCCGACGAAGAAGAGGAUAUAGAGGAUGAACCUCUUCAAACUCGUGAGCUCGAUCUCGAUAUAGAGAACAGUCGAACAUCGGAUGUAUGCAUUGAAACUUCCUCUGGUGGAAAACAUCGUGUGUUAGAUGGGAAAGCUAAAGAUGGUCUUCUUCUUCCUGCAGAGUCUAUGAACAUAAGCCGUGAUGGUGAUGCUCUAUUUCAAUCGGAUGACUCUGAUUGGACACAAUGUUACAAAAACCAACUGUUCAAGCUAAACAGCUGCCGGUUGCUGGACCCUAACCUCACGAUCUCCUGUUGCUGCUUCCUCAUAGCUCUGUCGGCGACGACCUUCUUCAAGUAACUCUUGCUCACGGUUGUUGUCAACGAAGCAAAAUCUCCUGCUGAGGUAUGACGCUGAUGUUGGCCUCCGUUGGUGACUUUCUGGAACUCUGAUGUGGAUAGGCACUUCGUAGUGGCGAUGAGCCUUGUAGCUCUUCUUGAGGGCACGAUAUGCCAUAGAGAUUAGGCCGUCCGUCCAUGGCGUUGUUGUGGUCUGUCGUGGGAAGGGUUUAAGGUAGUCGAGAGAGAGAGGAAUCUGAGAUGGGGAAAGAAGCAUGUUCCCUGUUGUACUGCUUCGUAUUUCAGGUGUGAUUCGAUAUUUACCUCACUUGGUUAUAUAGUGUUGUUAUAUGUUCAAUACCAAUAAAAAAAAAUAAAAAAAGAUUACUAUUAGGGUAUUCCUUAUCUUUGUACGACAAGAAAGAAAUGUGAAACCU